GUGACGUGUGUACUAGUGUUGUUGGAGACGAGCCUUCGACAUCAGAAGACUUGACUAAGCUGGAGAACAAAAUACGUUAUAAAUGCAAUUAUUUUUUUAUAAUUAGAGCAUUAAAAUAAUCACUCCUGUCACUUGCCGGAUAUGCUUGUUUAGUGGUGAGAUCCCAUUACGCUUACGUAACCUAUAAUUUGGCAAUAUGUAGCCUCGACAAUGUUAUUACGGCUGUUAUUAGAACCUCCAGUUUGCUACUGUGAAACGUGCAGGCGGUCAGACGUUUUCGCCAUACGUGCAACUCGGAAGUUUUAGAGAGUGUUAUGGUGAUAAUAAUGGCCCACAUUAGGCGGAUUUCACCAAGGAAUAACAACGGUCUGUGCCAUCGUGGUGUUGAUCAGCCCACCAGCUCGACCAUGUUGUCAUGGCUACGACUCCACCAGGUGGCUACACUGUUAACCUUGCCCCUGCUGCUGAGCUGGGGGACGCUGUGCGGGGGCAGCCCUGACCCCCGCCUCCGAGAGUCCCUGAUGUGGCAGGAGGGGUCGAUGCAGACGGGAGGCACCCUGCUUUUGACAGAGGCUGAGACGGAACUCGGGGCGCAGCUCCAGAAGCUGAAGAAGCAGGAAAUGGAGAGGUCAGAUUUCCCGCCGACCUUGCACUUUUUCAAGGCCCGGUCCCUCAUCCAGCAGAGCCCCAUCUACAGGCUGCUGCACAGGAUGCCCAAAGGGGCGGCGCUUCACGUGCACGACUUCUCCCUGGUGGGUGUGGAGUGGUUGGUGAGGAACGUGACGUACCGGCCACACUGCUACAUGUGUUUCACGGAUGACAGCUCCAUCCGGUUCCUGUUUUCCUCCCGCCAGCCCUCCCCUCUGGCCCACUGCUCCCCCUGGGCCUUGCUGGAGACACUGAGAGCCAAGCUGAAGAACACCACUGACCUUGACAGCAGCAUCAUGAGAAACCUGACCCUGUUCACGGAGGACCCUGACCAGGCCUACCCCAGCCAGGCCAUGGUAUGGAAGGCGUUCGAGCAGGCCUUCCUCGUGGCUCUGGGCCUGGUCACACACGCACCCGUCUUCAAGGACUACUUCUACGAAGGCCUGAGGCAGUUCUACAUGGACAACAUCAUGUACCUGGAGCUCAGAGCUCUACUACCUGAGACCUACGAGCUGGACGGCAGCACCCAUGACAGAGCCUGGAGCCUGAGGACCUACCAGGAAGUGACCAGGAUGUUUGUGUCAGAACACCCCGACUUUCUGGGGACAAAGGUCAUCUUCACAGUCCACAGGGGUAUGAAUCUCUCCAUGGUGAAAGAGGCUGUUGAGGAAGCUAUGGAACUACAGAGAGACUAUCCAGAAAUCAUGGCUGGUUUUGAUCUGGUGGGCCGGGAGGACAGCGGAAGACCUCUCUGGUUCUUCAGAGAGGCUCUGUCUCUCCCGGGAGAGAGAGGCGUCGCCCUCCCCUUCUUCUUCCACGCUGGAGAGACCGAUGCGGAGGGUACAGAGGUGGACCAGAACAUGCUGGACGCCCUGCUGUUCAACACCUCUCGUAUCGGCCACGGCUUUGCUCUGGUGCGCCACCCAGUGGCCAAGGAGCUGUCCAGGAAGAUGGGGGUGGCGGUGGAGGUGUGCCCCAUCUCCAACCAGGUGCUGAAACUGGUGUCCGAUCUCAGGAACCACCCUGCCGCUGUGCUCAUGUCCGAGGGCCACCCAUUGGUCAUCAGCUCAGAUGACCCGGCCACUUUUGGUUCCUCUGGCCUAUCGUACGACUUCUACGAGGCCUUUGUUGGCAUAGGGGGAAUGAGCUCGGACAUCAGGACCCUGAAACAGCUGGCCCUAAACUCCAUCAAGUACAGUGCUCUCACACCCCGGAUGAAGCAGGAGGCCACAGACCUGUGGCAGCGCAGCUGGGAGAAGUUUGUCUCUGAGAACGUCCUGUAGAGGACAAGAUGGAGGCCAUGAUAGGGGCUGUCUUGUUUUGAAAAUGAGCCAUUACUUAGAACCACAAGAACCUCUGUUGAUAAUUAGCUAGUUAAACCUUGAUAGACAUUGGUGCUUUUGGACACUAGGGGACUGCAGGUCCAGUGCUGGAACAGAGGGAAAUUGACCUGAAAAGUCAACAAAAAUCACAAACAGGUCGAGGGAAAAUGUUGAGUGCUACAGGGCAACGUGAGGCUCUUGAGUGCCACUGCUGGUUCAUAUUGCCCUCUUGUGGUAGAGGUGUGUACUGCACUUCCCUUGACUAUCAGACCUCACUGAGCUCCUACAAAAUGGAGGCUACCUGACUAGCAAUCUAGCCACUACAAAGUUAAAUGAUAUUGUUUUGUGUGUAACUUUUUUCUUUACUUAUGAAUGUGUUUGCACUUUAUUACUUAUGAUUUACCAUGGCCAUGUAGCAUCUGUAGGUCAACAACACUGUUUUCCAACAACUGGAAGAAUUACAACACUUCUCUGACACUUC